AAAAUGUAUAAAUACAAGCGUUAAAUUCCAAAUAUUGUUGGAAAGAAGUUGUCCAAACGGCUGCGCCUUUGUCGUCUUUCAUGACCAAAUACCACAAAUUUCAACAAAAGGGCGUCGGUGAUUUAAGAGGCGGAAGAAAUGAAAAUCUAACCCACGACGAUAGACACUUAACUACUUCAAAUAAUAGACUUGGUGGUUCUAUGCAGACACCACCUUUACCUUCAUAUAACCAAGUGGAUUUACAACAACAACCAAAGGGUUCGCCACCAUCGACUCCUUUGUCACUUAUGUGGCAAAAAGAACCAGCAAACGAAAAAGAAAAAAAUGUUGCCAUGGGGCAAUCGUUACAACCUGAAAAACCAAAGGUUAAGGACGUUCAAACUCCCUUAAUACAAGAACUAGUGGACUUUUCCUUGUUUGAAAAUGACCAUGAAUGUCCAAUUGCUCCACUUACACCAAAGUCACUUUCAAAUAGCCCUUUGAUACCUUUGAUGCCGGCUAAACCCAGACCAAUUAUUUAUGAAUCUUUUGAAGAUUCUGACAAUGAAGACCCAAUUUAUGAUACAACCGGCUUUUUUCCUCCUUUAUCCUCAAUAGAAAGGAAAUCCCAAAAUUAAAAAAAAAAAAUAAGUUGCGGGCAAAAAAUCUUCGUACUUGGUUGGCACAUCGUUAUUAAACAGCGAAGCGGAAACAAACAG